AAUUCACAUGCUUGAGUGCUUUCUGUGUCUGCGAUGGUCUCUAUCAGAACUCGCUUAUGCACGUCGAUAUCGUGUUCAAUCAGCCCCUGCAUCGAACAUGAGCAGUGAGAGUUUGAGACCCGAGAGCGGUUCCUGCUUCCGUACUUUUGGGAUGCAAGAAUUUUCUUGCAUUAGCGGCACUGACCCGCCUACGAGGUUCAGGUCAGCCAGUCCCCCCAUUCUUCCCCAAGGGCAAGACUAGUAGCGAGCGAGUCGCCCGACGUCAAAGGACCGGAUGGACUUAGUGGUCCCAAUACUCCCAGCCAGUCUCCAGAUACUGUGGUGGAAAACAUGCUGCGCUAGAAAUCUACAAUGUCUUAGAGGUGAGGUGAGACCCGAUGAAUCGAUGACAAGAUAUGUGUCCACAUGUCCACUUUGUUUAUCUACGCCCACUUCGAGUUCCGAUCGAGGGAUCUUGUUGCGCGCAAAGACUCCAGAUAAUUGUGGGCGAGAUUCCGAGGGGUGGUCGCGUGAAAAAACCUCAUCCCUCAUGAUGCGAUUCCACAAAUGCUGGGAAUAUACGAAUCGAUAAUCACUGCCGGCAAUGGAAAUUGAC